CUGUCUCCUCCUUUCCAUCUCGGGGGUCGCCAGGGGCCGUCUUUCGCUCCGGCCAGCCAGUACUUGAUUACUUUCUGGGAUCAAGUAACUUGUGGCAAGUGUGCUUGGUUAAUAUUUAGAUUGAUUCAACCCAAAAAUGGGGAUAUAUCUUAGCACUCCAAAAACUGAGAAGUUUUCUGAAGACGGUUCAAAUGCCAAACUUGCAUUUGGUUUGUCAUCUAUGCAAGGCUGGCGUUCAACUAUGGAAGAUGCACAUGCUGUUGUGCCAGACCUUGACAAUUGCACAUCAUUCUUUGGUGUUUAUGAUGGCCAUGGAGGAAAAGUAGUAGCCAAGUUCUGUGCGAAGUAUCUGCACGCUCAAGUACUCAAGUAUGAAACUUAUAUGGGUGGUGAUUUAGCUGCUUCAGUACAAAAAGCUUUUUUCAGAAUGGAUGAGAUGAUGCGAGGACAGAGAGGGUGGAGAGAAUUAGCUGUACUGGGAGAUAAGAUAAACAAAUUUACUGGCAUGAUUGAAGGCUUGAUAUGGUCCCCAAAGGGCAGUGAUUCUAAUGGCCGCUCAGAUGACUGGGCUUUCGAAGAGGGACCCCACUCAGAUUUCUCUGGACCAACAUCUGGAUGUACAGCUUGUGUGGCUGUCAUUAGGAACAACCAACUCAUUGUUGCGAAUGCUGGUGAUUCUCGUUGUGUAAUCUCAAGGAAGGGUCAGGCAUACAAUCUGUCAAGGGAUCACAAGCCAGAGCUUGAUGUUGAGAAAGAAAGAAUCCUUAAAGCAGGAGGUUUUAUUCAUGCAGGACGAGUAAAUGGAAGCUUGAACCUUGCAAGAGCCAUUGGUGACAUGGAAUUCAAGCAGAACAAGUUUUUGCCAGCUGAAAGGCAAAUUGUGACUUGCAAUCCAGACAUAAACAUUGUGGAGCUUUGUGAGGAUGAUGACUUUCUCAUUCUGGCAUGUGAUGGAAUCUGGGAAUGCAUGUCAAGCCAGCAACUGGUGGAUUUCAUCCACGAGCACAUAAAGACUGAGAGCCGCCUGUCUGCAGUGUGCGAGAGAGUAUUUGAUAGGUGUUUGGCACCAUCAAUAGCCAAUGGAGAGGGAUGUGACAACAUGACCAUGAUCUUGGUCCAGUUUAAAAAACCCAUCAAGUCCAGUGUUGCCAGCACAUAGUAUCACUCUGGUUAGCUGAGCUUGAAAUUAUUUUUGUGGCUCUGCCUUCCCUUAUUGUUCAAAGUGCAAGAUAUGUAACAAUGUGACCCUCUCUUUAGUUAUAUCUAGAUUCACGCAUCUAUUCCAUGUACAUGAUUAGCAUGACUCAGUAGUGGUUGGCUUCAAAAGAUGACAUUUUGUGUCUAAAUUGGCAGGUUCCUUUGGACUGUACAUGUAAUGUAAUUAUUUGGUCUUAUCACAUAUAGAAAGCAUAUUCUUUCUCAUUUA